AUGGCUCUGUCUGUUCGUACGCGUCUCUUCCGUCGUCAGAAACAAGAACAUGAAACUCGAGUAAUCGUUAAUUUAUAUAAUGAUGAUAAGGAUCAACCAAAUCGCUAUCAUGCAGCUCAUGUCUCUGAAGUUCCUAAAUCAGUAACAACGUCAAUUUCGACAAAUAAUUUUCAGUCACAAGCACGACGUGCAUUUGAAUACGAUUAUGAAGCACCGUUAACAGCGUUCUCACUCAAACCUAAUUCAAAAUGGUUAGUUGUUCGUCGUAAUUUACAUCGCAUUCGAUUUAUGAGUUACAACGAACAUGGUGAACAGAAUAAACUACCAGAUUUUUAUUUGGGAUUACAAAUGAUACGUGAACUCAAACGAGCUCAACAUGAAAUACAACAUAUCGAUCAAAAAACAAAUUUUCAUGCUAUUAACCAAUUCGUUUUGGCUAUCGAUAAUAAACAUACCAAGACAUACGAUACAAGUCAUGUCAAACCAACUGAUGCUCUAAUCUACGAUCGCUUGGGGGAUGAACCGAUGGCUGUACAAAAUCUUCUCUAUUAUUUUAGUCAACAAAAUGUGUCGCCUGCACGCUAUUUUCUAAUCUUAACAUUAACUGAAUCAACUUCCACACAACCAGGAAUCGGUACUCAUAUUGCACGUUUACGUUAA